UCAUUCAGGACUAGGUGCACUAGAGCGCAUGCGCACAGGUGGAGUGAUUUCAGGGACGGUGAGGUAUUCAGACUUAGCAGUUUGAACACAUUACAGGUGUUUUCUGAGCUGUUUUGGGGUCAGCCUGGCAGCCUGCAUGUCAGAUAGGGGUGGAUGGCGCCUCCUGCUGGCAGCAUAAAGAACCUCCACAAAGGCUUGUUGUCACAGAUUUUUCAGCUCGGUUUCAGCUGCUCCUCCUCACACCGCUGGACGCUGCACAUGUAGCAGGUCUGCCUCACAACAGCACCAUGGCUGAUAUCUACCGGUUCCCCGUUUACUUUGAGUGUCACCGGCUUGACAGAAAACAGGAGACGAAAGUAGAAAUCUAUUUCCGUAAUCGACGCAAAUCUGGCGGAGGAGAGUGCGGAGCGCUGAGCAGAGUGGAGGAGAGGAUCUACAGGAUAGCUUUCAGAGAUCAUGAAGUUCAGCAGGCAGUCCUUAAAAGAUCAGAGCACGUCGUGGAGCUUCCAGAUGGACGUCUGGAGCUGACUGUGCGAGGCAGCUUGGAAGCUCACGCCUCCUUCGAUGACAACACACCCGAUGCUCCAGCAGAGAGCCCUCAGUCCACGCCUGCCUCAACUCCUCUGCCAAGCGGUGAAGAAUGUAAACUCCAACUUGACAAUGAUCCCUUUCAGAGCUUGGAAUGCCUCAAAGCUGAGAAAGAACGUGAGGAAGACGUCACCUCUGUGGCCUACUCUGCUCAGCUUUAUCCAGAUCAGGACAGGGCUUUAUUCAGGAGGUCGUCUCAGCCUGGUGAUGUAGAUGAAAUUAGUGAGUGGAAACUUGAAGAGGACAAAAAAUAUGAUGGAAUGCAGGUGGAGUCUCACAGCUUUGGUCAGACCACAGAUGAGGUGGAAGCAUGCAGUGAGGUUGAGGAUGAAGGUUACAGAUCAAGUGGGUAUUUGGCCUCUUUGAGUUUGAGUGAAACAGCCACGACUGUUGCGAGCUACAGCCUUUGUGACGGACUCCAGGUGCUGGUGUGUGAAGGGGACAUCACCAAACAAAGCGUUGAUGUCCUGGUCAACGCCGCCAAUGAGGAUCUGGAACACCAUGGAGGCGUCGCUGCUGCACUGAGUAAAGCAGGUGGUCCUGAAGUGCAGCAGGAGAGCAGUACCUUAGUGAAAUACAUGGGCAAAAUUCCCACCGGUGAUGUUGUCGUGACUACUGGGGGCAAAUUAAACUGCAAAACACUUCUGCAUGCUGUUGGGCCUGUGGGUGGAACAGCAGGUGGCAGGGAGAAGAUCCUACUGGAGCAAACCGUCCAGAAGGCUCUGAAUUUAUCAGAAAUGAUGGCGUUCCAGUCCAUAGCCAUUCCUUGUAUCGGCUCAGGGGUGUUUGGCGUUCCUGUCACUGUGUGCUGUGAGGCUAUUGUAACUGCUGUUAGGAAGUUUGGUAGUCAGGGAGGGAGAAGUCUGAGCAAGAUAGUCCUGAUUGAUAAGAGAGCAGAGGUGGUGAGGGCCAUGAAGGAAGCAUGUGACAGGCUUCUCCAAGGGAUGAGGACCGGAAACGGCACCGGACUGGACGUGGAGUUCCAGAUGAAUGCUGCUGGUCAAGACUCAGCACCAGGAGCCACAGCUGGAGCUCCUGGAGGCAGUGUCCAUGUAGAGAUCGUUCAGGGAACCAUCGAGACCCAGCAGGUGGAUGCACUCGUAUCUCCCAUGGUCGGCUACGAUCCUCUCUCCACCCGUGUUGGAAACAUUUUGCACAAAACGUUUGGUUCUAAGCUGACUGCACGGUUUAGAGAAGAAGCAGGGCACGAAACGUUGCCGAGUGAUGCAGUACUGGUGGAGGGUUUGCAUGGAAGUCUUUCUAAUGCGGUGUUCUUCCUCAGUCUUGCUCCUUGGGAUGACGACCAAGAUGGAACCGCAGUUGAGGUUCUUAGAGCGGGCAUCAACAACAUCCUAACUUCAUGUGAGGACAGAGGCUUCGGUUCUGUCGCUUUUCCUGCUCUCGGGGUCGGCAUUGCCCUGCGGUUUCCUCACAGCGUGGUAGCUAAAGUUUUACUGGAGCAAAUUGAUGCAUUUGAACGGGACCGAGCCAGCAGCACGCCGCUCCUGGUCCGCAUUGUCAUCUACCCCAGUGAUGACGAGGGUAUUGAGGCCUUCGAGUCAGCCCAGAAAGCUUUGAAAUGCAAAGAAUUCACUGAAGACGGUCAACAAAAGGCCCAAGAUCAAGCGUCCACCACAAAGAGGAUCAUCCUGCUGGGAAAAACCGGAUCUGGGAAGAGCCACCUGGCCAACACUAUACUUGGAGAGAAAGUCUUUAGCGUAAAUCAUACACCCAACUCUGGAACAGGUCAAUGUCAGUCACAAACCAAAGAUGUCAAUGACAGAAGCAUCACUCUGAUCGACACUCCUGGUUUCUUUGACACGGUGAAGCCUGAGGAGGACUUGAAGGAGGAGAUAGUGAGGUGCAUCACCGAGUGUGCUCCCGGGCCUCAUGCUUUUCUCAUUGUGCUUAAAGUGGAGAAAUUCUGCGAGCACGAACAGGCUGUCAUCUCUAAAAUACGCCAGUAUUUCUCAGACGAUGCUUUAAAUUACGCUGUGAUUGUCUUCACUCAUGGCGACCAGCUCCCCAAAGGGACGAAAAUUGAAGAGUUUGUGAGUCAGAAUGAGAACCUGAGUGAUCUGGUGAAGAAGUGCGGCGGCCGGUGCCACGUCUUUGAUAACAAACACUGGAACAACAAGCUGCAGAACAACUACAGGAGCAACCAGUUCCAGGUGGAAGAGUUACUCUGCACGAUAGAUGAGAUGGUGGCGGAAAAAAAUGGACGGUACUACACGAAUGAAAUUCUGCAAGUCGUCGAGGAAGAAAUACAGAAACAUGAAGAGCACAUAAGACAAAAACUGGGAGACCUGCCACCAGAGGAGAUCACAAAAAAGGCCAAAAGUGAAGUGUGCAAUAGAUUAUUGAUCCAGCUGGCAGGGAUUGGAACAGGAGCUUUGUUGGGAGCUUUUUGUGGCGUUGCAGCGAUGAUUGGAGGAAUUAUCAUUGCGAUGAAAAACAGAGAGCUGAUGACAAUUCUAAGAAGAGUUCCAGCACUGGCAGGAGCACCUGCAGUAGCAGCAGCAGGAGGAGGAGAGGUGGCUUUAGUAGCUAGUGCAGCAGCAGGGGGUGUAGUGGCUGCAACAGGAGGGGUCAUGGGAGGCAUCAUUGGAAGUCAAGCAGCUGAAGGAGCAGCGACGCCAUUGGAGGCCGCAGAGAGGGCAUACGAGGCUGUCCUGGAUAAAGGAAAAUCUACUUUUAAGCAGCUGAAUUUCCCUCUCCGGUGAAUAUCAGCAGGUUUACCUAUUUACCAUAGUUUAGUUUAGUUUAUUAGUUUAUUUGUCAGGGACCAUGUACAAAUGCAUUAUUCUUGAAAAGAAGAGAUGCUUUGUACCAGAUUUAGCUAUUGCUAUUUUCCAUCUGCAGUCCCUGGGCAGGUCACACAAGUAAAAUACACAUUACGAUUAACAGUAGCACUAAAUACAAUAUUAUUAAUAAUACUAAUCAAAUUACAGUAUGUACAUUUAAAAAAACAACGCUACAAUUUACUUAAAAUAAGGCAAUGAACAAUUUAAGUGGACUGAUGCUGACACAGUUGCCUAUCAAGGAAGUAUUUCUUUAUGUUCCUAGAAAAAAUGUUCAAAUCCACAGACACCUUCAGACUGUCUGGGAGCUGAUUCCACUGUUUAAUGGUUUUAAAUGAAAAGGCUGUCUGUGCAAAGGCAGAGUAUCUUUUUGGGAUGGCACAGUUUUGGUGAGCAGUGGAGCGAGAUGUUCGAGUUGUUUGUUCGGAAAAAAAAUGUAUGAAUUUUUUUAAUGGAGGUGGAGCAGUGUUAUUUACAAUUUUGAAAACUGUUUUUAAGUUUGAAUACAAGAUGAGAUUGUCAAAACUGAGUAUAUUGUAUUUACUGAGGAUAUUACAAUGAUGAUAACGAAGAGAUUUUCUGUCCAAUACCUUUAAAGCCUGAUUAUAAAGUGGUCUGAGUGUGGUCUCAUUGGCCUGAGACCAACAGGACAGGCAGUAAGUGAUAUGAGGAGUAAUCAUAGCAUUAAAGUCCAUGAAAGAUGCCUCAAUUGUCAAACUAUUCCUGAUGUGUCUAAAAGAGGAGAUAUUAAAUCUAACUGAAUUGCAUAGAUUUUUAAUGUACUUUUUGAAGCUCAGCGUUUGGUCCAAAUGGACUCCUAUAGAGCUAUAUAGAGUUUUCUAUAUGGAAGUGAAAGAAGCCAAAAGUACAGAUUCAGACUUCUGGGGUUUCAUAUGUAACAAAUCUAAGGAGCCAAUCCUGUUAUGUUGCAGUAAUCUUUAUAUCGUGUUCCUCAUAAUUUCAGUUUAACCCUCACGUCGUCCUGCAGGUCAGAAUUGACCCGUUUUAAGUUUGAAAAUGUGGAAAAGAAUAUAAAAAUAUAUUUUCACAGUGAAACUUCUGAUGUCCAACAUUUUUUGAUGUAAAAAAAGAAAUGUUAAAAAUGUUUCUUGAGAACAUUCACAAAAUUAUUUUUUUGUGAAUGUUCUUAAAGAAAAUAUUAGAAGUUUUACUGAUAUGUAAUCACUUUAGAUAUUUUUAGGAUUUGUUUGGAAGAUUUUUUCAAAUUUUGUUUGAAAAUAUUUAAAAGAAUUUUCUUGCCAAAUUUGGGGGAGUUUUUUUUUUUUUUUUUUUACUUUUCAGGGAAACUUUUAAGUAAUUAUCGAAAUUUUCUUCCUGAAGGUUUUGCAAAUUUUCAGAAAUUUAGGGAAUAUUUUUUUUUGCUUUGGUGCCCGUAAAUGAAGACGACAGGAGGGUUAAACUUCUGUAACUGAAUUGCUCCAAUAUCACAACUUGCAAAUGUGUAGCGCAGAGAAGUUUUAUAUCUGUGCAGAAUCACAGGGGAGCUGGUGUGCUGGAGCUGCAGUAAAUAGGCGUAGUGUGUGAAAUGAGGAGGCAGCAGUGUAGAAAAACAUCUAAGCCAUUCUCAGGUAGGAAGGGUUUAACAUAUAGAUACGUUUUUAGUGGUUUAAUGAUCAACUGGAGAGGUACUUUAAAUUAUAACCAUUUAAAUUAUGGUGUAAAACACUGAGAUAAUGCACAUAGACUUAAAUUUGCACCUUAUUAUAUCAUUGCCUUUUGAUGUUGUUACUAGCUGCAUGUCUAGCUUUCAUUUAGAGUUAAGUUUCUGGACACCUGGUGGAGGUUUAUCCAACAUUUUAUUUGCUUUGAGCUCCGUUUUUGUCUCGGGAGAUGAAAAAUCGACUAUUUAGCUGCUGCUAGGCUCACAAUUUGUGAGCCACAGAGCCAAAAAAGUGAGCUGGAAAGAGGCUCAAAAAGCUCUGUAGGUGAAGUGCAAUACAUGGUAUUUGGUACAACUGUGACUAAAAGGAUGAUUGCUUGACUCAAAAUGAGAACACUAGUGACUUGGGGGAGGGAAACGUUCAUUAUAAAAUGUUUUAUCUCUUAGUAUUUCUUAUUUGUAAAUUAUGUAGCAAUCAUAAUACUUGGGCAAAGCUGGUUAAAUACAUUGAUGUGUUGAUUUUGUAUUUUUUCACUCUCUUGAUGUCCACUUUUCAAUGAUUUUGGACAAUAAAGUCUUUAAAUUCUC